AUGGUGGAUGCAGGAAGGGGAAUCCUUGGAACAGUGUUCCCUGGAUGCCCAGAGACGUUCCAAUCCUUCCAGCAAACCGAACAACAAUGGGAACAGACGGCAGGCCGAUGUCAGAGGUUCCGAGACGAGCACCAGAGGAUCCACUACUUCCGUGAGGGAGACAUCAUCGCGUUGCCCGCUGGAGUUUCUCAUCGGUGCUACAACACUGGCGAAGUAGGUGUCGUCGCGAUUACCACCUUCGACACAAGCAGCAGCGCCAAUCAACUGGAUCGCCAGCAUAGGGAAUUUCUACUUGCUGGGAGGGAGAGACUAGUCGAGCAAGGUUCCCAAAUAGAAGUGAGAUUACAGCAGAUAAAGGGGAACAACCUGCUCAGCGGUUUUGAGCUCGAUCCACUGGCAGAGGCACUCGGUGUCGAUAGGGAAUUGGUGAGAAAAAUCCAGAAUCCCGACGACAGGAGGGGUGAGAUAGUCCUUGUCACGAGUGGGCUUCAGGUGCUACAAGCAUCACGGAAGAGUGAGCAGCUGGUACGAGAAAGAGAGGUGAGACAAGAAUGCCAAGAGGGAAGGGGAUGUCAAUCUAAUAUAUUAGAGGCUUUCUGCACCAUGAAGAUAAGGCAGAACAUUGGAGACCCCUUGCGUGCUGACUACUUCAAUCCGCGCGCUGGAAGGAUCACCACCCUCAACAGCCAGAAGCUCCCAAUUCUGAGAUUCGUUCAAAUGAGUGCCGUGAGGGCACUUCUCCGCCCGAAUGCCAUAGUGUCGCCACAUUGGAAUGUCAAUGCUCACAGCAUAAUGUACGCCUUGAGGGGAUGCAGCCGGGUGCAGGUGGUGGGACACCGAGGCCAAACCGUAUUCAAUGGCGAGCUGCGUCAGGGUCAACUACUGGUAGUUCCGCAGUACUAUGCGGUGACGAUUCAGGCACAACGCGAGAGCUUCGAAUGGGUCUCCAUCAAGACCAACGACAAUGCCAUAGUCAACCAUUUCGUGGGGAAGACAUCGGCUUUCCGUGACAUGCCGGUGGAGGUGUUGAUGAACUCAUACCGCAUCUCUAGAGAAGAGGCCAUGCAGCUAAAGUUUAACCGUGGAAAUGAACUGGCCCUCUUCGCUUCCAAGAUCGAGAGGGAAGCGAUCAGAACUUCGAUGUAA